UAUCCUUGAGACAUUUGCAAUUCUAUUCAUUUUCAUAACUUUGAAGAAAAAAGAGAGAAUUAUUGGACUUUACUUUUUUUUCUUCUUCUUUCACAUUUCAUCACCAAAAAGACUCAACAAAUUCAAAGUUCAUUCAUUUAAUUUUCAAAGUUCUCUCAAAAGACUUAAGCAUGAAUGUGUCCUCCAUGUUCAUGAGCAAGAUCACCACUCAACAACCAUUGAUAAAUCUUCCACCAGGAAGACUAACCACCAACCCUUUCUCCACCCUAAGAAAAUUGCAAAAAGAGAAGGUUGUGAUCGUGAUCGGUCCCACCGGAACGGGAAAAUCUCGAUUGUCGAUUGACAUCGCCACUCGAUUCCCAUCGGAAGUCAUAAACUCCGACAAGAUGCAAGUCUACCAUGGCCUUGACAUAGUAACCAAUAAGAUCACAAAGCAAGAACAAUGUGGAGUGCCUCAUCACUUGCUUGGAAUUAUCAAUCCCUUCUUGGAUUUCUCCGCUUCCAACUUCUCAGAUAUGGCCAUGCUUUCCUUGGAUGCUAUUUCUAGCCACGACCGAUUACCGAUCAUCGCCGGUGGCUCGAAUUCUUAUAUCGAAGCCUUAAUCGACUCAAAUUUUCGAUUGAGAUAUGAAUGUUGCUUUCUUUGGGUAGAUGUGUCAAUGCAAGUAUUGCAAUCGUUUGUAUCUGAACGAGUAGACAAGAUGGUAGCAAAUGGAAUGGUUGACGAGGCUGAAAAAUUCUUCGAUCCCGCUAGAGAUUAUUCUCGAGGAAUCAAAAGAGCGAUUGGAGUUCCCGAGUUCGACUCAUAUUUUCGAUACAGGUCAUUGUUGGAUGAGGAAGCUCAAGAAAAACUUUUGGAGGAAUCCAUAGCAAAAGUGAAGGAGCAUACAUGUAAGCUAGCAUUAAGGCAAUUGGGAAAAAUCCAACGGCUGAGAAACGUCAAAGGAUGGAACAUACAUAGAUUGGAUGCUACAGAGGCCUUUACAAAGCAAGGGAAAGAAGCAGAUGAAGCAUGGAACAAGCACGUCACCAUACCGAGCACGACGAUAAUCGAUCAGUUUCUUCACCAAAACGUCAUCGCCACAAAGUUCCCAACGAACUUAGCAUCCCUCAUCGGCGUGCCCCGGAAAAAAAGUGCAGCCAUGGCAGCUGCAACUCCUUGAACAAGAACAAAGCAUUGCCUAUAUAUAUUUGAGACAUAUGAUCAAAUAUUAGAGGGUAAAAAAUUCAAACAAGCAUAGUUUUGAGUGGAAAAAAAUUACAAGAGGGAAUAUAUAAAUAUAUACAUUACAAAAUUAAGACUACAAAUAAUAGAAAAUUUGAUAAAAGUCCCAUUUCCAAUCUGUUUAGUGAUGUAAAAUUGAGGUCUUUUUGGGGAUCUUUCAAUUGGAUCAUUUAGUAAAAUCAAAUAAUUAGAUUAAGGGUGUGAUUAUGGGAAAUGGUUUAUUCUACAUAUAAUGUGUGUAUUUAUUUAUUUCUUUUUCUUACAUACAUACAUAUAUAUAUAAUGAAAUUUUGUU